AUGAACCAAGACCCGAACAACCUGCUCGCCAUCCCGGAACCUAACGACCAGAAACCAUUGGCAAACCAAUUCGAAGUGUUCUUAAACCAAUUCAACCGGAUCACGCAGACCGUCUUCAACCAGAUUGCUUCUUCCUCUCAAUCAUCACUGUCGUCAUCCUCAUCAACAACCAGCUCGAAUCAGUUGAAUAAUAUAUCAAUGCUACAAGAAAUCGUUCAGCUGGAAACCUAUCUGUACAAUCUGCUAGAAAUUCACUCCCAACAUGAUCGGAAUUCCAAAAAAAUCCAAAACCUAUAUCUCACCUUAACCGAGCUAAAUUCAAAUCAUUUCAAAAAAAAUUUAGAUCAGAUCUUUGCUAUCAAAAAUAAACUCGACAUCAUUUGCUCGGAUGGCCAAAAUGAGAAGACGCGCUUUGAAAAGCUGAAUGAUUUGGCUUUGACACCCGGUCACAUCAUGUCAUACGCACGAUUGAUUGCACCGUAUACCUCAGCUCCGCCAGCUCCUUCGACAGAUCCAGACCAACCGAUCAAUCCUUGUAGCGGGUUAGAUCUACAGGAUCCAAGCUUACGAUUCUUGAUGCCAUUUCCCACCGAAGAUGUCAUCAGACGCGGCAGGAUGGGUCAAGAGAUGUCGGCCCCCGUCAAUGGCGCAAAUGAUGCUGUAAAUAGUGUGACGGAGAUUGGUGCCCUGCUUGGGGAGAUCAGGACGGCAGAUGGAGCCCGACCGACUCAGACUAUACCUAAUCCCAAUCUGGCUGCUUAUCCCACGAUGCCUCCGAGGCGGCCACCUCCACCUCCACCGCCUGAAGCUGAUGAUGAUCUAUUCGAUCUGGACCUCAACCCUGACCUAUAA